CCAUUCGCUUUGUGCAUAUUACGAUUUUGUACUGUCGCAAGUAGAAUAUUUAUAUAUCCAGAAUUGAUAACCACUUGUUCACAUGUAUACAUCCACACAGGUAUCACAGAUAUAUUUGACACACUUAUUACGUUAGCAAUGUGAAAAAUUUCCCGACUGUUUUAUAGCGAUCGAGUCACACUCGGGCGCACGCGUGAAUUCUCAAUGCGAUUGGAAGACUAAUUUUGUUUAUAUCCUUGUCCGGACACACAUUAAAAUUGAAUAUAUUCGCGCCCAUUUGUCAAUUGCGUUCAUCUAAUAAUGGAUUAAUUUACAUUUAUUGUUUGAUAAUUAAAGAAUACCUUAACUCUAUCGUUGGAUAUAUAAAGCAUGGCAACUUUUAAAGAAAACAAAACCAAUAUGAAUGGAAAUGCGUCUAGUGCAUCUGAUAGUGACAAAGUUGAUCCCCAGGUGGAAAUUGGUGCUUUUGGCAAUUUCCGUAUUUCUGACACCUCUAUUCAAAAAUUGAAAGCCAAUGAUAUCAAUUAUCUUUUUCCAAUUCAAUCACAAACUUUUGAUUAUGUCUAUGAUGGCCACGAUGUUAUUGCUCAAGCACGAACUGGCACUGGAAAAACACUUUCCUUUGUUUUGCCACUGGUAGAAAAACUGAUUAAAAAAAAGAAAACAAAAGAAGGUCGAAUGCCUAGGGUAUUAGUCUUACUCCCGACUCGAGAGUUGGCUAAACAGGUAUAUGAAGAUUUCUUAAAAGUCUGUGGAGAGCUUUCUGCCUUUUGCUUUUAUGGUGGAGUACCAUAUGAACCACAAGAGCGUGCAUUGUGGAAGGGCCUGGACAUCUUGGUUGGCACACCAGGUCGUAUUCUUGAUCACAUCCAGAAAGGCAAUAUGUCUUUGCAGAAAGCUAAACAUGUCGUUUUGGAUGAAGUUGACCAGAUGUUGGACAUGGGCUUUGCUGAAUCUGUUGAUGAAAUUUUAAAGGUUGCUUAUGACAAAGAGGAUGAAGGACAUAAACCACAGACGUUACUGUUUUCUGCAACUCUGCCGCCAUGGGUGUAUAGAACUGCCCAAAAAUACAUGAAAAAAGAUGUUAAGAAAGUUGAUUUGAUUGGCCAGCAACAAAUAAAGACUUCUACAACUGUACAGCACCUUGCUAUCAAAUGUAGCAUUCAAGACCGUAACAGUAUUAUUGCUGAUAUAAUCCAAGUGUACAGUGGUAAUCAUGGCCGUGCCAUUGUGUUCUGUCAAACAAAAAAGCAAGCUGAUGAGCUUGCUGUUAGUGCUUCAAUGAAGUUAGAUGCUCAUGUGUUGCAUGGUGACAUUCCCCAAGAUAAGAGAGAACUUGUCCUUAAGAGCUUCCGCGAUAGUAAGUACAAAGUUCUUCUAACAACUGAUGUUGCUGCAAGAGGCUUAGAUAUACCGGAGGUUGAUUUAGUUGUGCAGUGUAGUCCACCAAAAGAUACAGAUGCCUAUAUACAUCGCUCUGGAAGAACAGGACGUGCUGGCCGUUCAGGGAUAAGUGUUUUAUUUUAUUCACCGCGCCAAGAAAGUGACCUUAUGCAAGUUGAACGAAGAGCUGGUGUCAAUUUUAAGCGAAUUGGUCCACCAACCACAGUAGAUAUCAUCAAAACGUAUGCUAAAGAUGCUGCAAGAUCUUUAGAUAAUGUUCCUGAUGAAACUUUAGAUUAUUUUAGAGACUCUGCCAAUAUUCUUAUUGAGGAACGAGGAGCUGAGAAUGCUCUUGCCGCAGCACUUGCAGUUAUUUCUAAAAGCACAAAAAUUAUUUCUCGAUCACUUUUAAGUGCUAAAGAGGGUUAUGUAUCUUUUGUUUUGCGAACCAAUACAGAAAUUCGUUCCCCAGGCUAUCUGUUAAAUUGUUUGGAGCGACAGGUGCCAGAAAUGUCCUAUAAAGUCGGAGAAAUUCGUUUAACAAAAGACAAAAAAGGUGGUGUCCUAGAUGUCCCAGCAGAUAUGGUGCGGCUUUUGGAAAUGAAAUGGUUAAACUCAAAACAUGAAUCAUUAGAAAAAGCAACUGAACUGCCAGAACUAAUAGAAGACAACAACGCAAUGAGGAAUGGAAGACGAGGCUAUGGAGGUGGAGGAGGAGGAGGCGGUGGUGGCGGCGGUUAUGGAGGUGGCUGGGGACGUGACAGGAACUCUAGAGGCGGUGGCGGUGGUGGGUUUAACAGAGGCCGCAGACCAGACUGGAGAAAUAAUAGAUUUGAUAAUCAUGGAGGUCCACCCAAGAAACGCUUCAGAUUUGACUAACAACUCAUGAAUAGAAACUUUAAAAGGAAAGUUUUCUAAAGAUAUACAGACUGACUUCAUAAAAAAUGAUAUAUAUAUAUAUAUACACAUAUAUGUAUACACAUAUAUAAUACACACAUACACACACAUAGGUUGACUGCCUCAUGGUUAUAUUGGACCAAAAAACUGGGCUGUAGAGAAGUGGAGUUAUGUGCUGUCAGCUAAACUGUACCAAAAUGUUUCUUUUUUUAGUCUUCACUAAUAUUUCCACCAUCACAGCAUACAAAUCUUUUUGCUUCUUUCAGGUGAAUCUGUAAUAUAACAUUAAGCAUAA